AUGAAUAGAACACCCACAACCCACCAUGGUGCGCAAUCCAGAGCCGACUCUAGUGUCCGAGCCGUACAGGUUGGCAUAGUCGCCGACGUGUGUCUGACUGCCCUCAAACUAACCGGAGGGUGGGCAUUUCAAUCCAGCUCUCUUUCCGCAGACGGUUGGCACAGCGCUGGCGACAUGACAACUGACCUUGUUGCGCUUGUUGUUGUGCAUGCCUGCCAACAUUUACGCACAAUCAGAAAAGACACGUCGGCGGCUAGACUCCUAGAGGAGACGUCAUCUCUCGUUUCAUCCGGUGCUCUUGUCGCUCUUGGGCUACAGAUGGCAUGGGGGAACAUGACGAGUCUUCAACUGCAGUUCUUCGCAGCAUCAUCUGGCAUUGACACUCCUCUCGAUGUGGCCACGGGGCACUCACUUGGCCCCUCCAGCACAAAUUUCCAUGCGGCGUGGAUAGCUCUUAUCACUGUCAUCGUGAAAGAGUGGCUUUAUCACAGAACACUCAAGGUCGCAAAGAAUCAGUGCUCUGCCUUGUUGAAAUCAACAGCCAUGCACCACCGACUAGAUGGGCUCAUGAGCCUCGUCACCGUUGCAGCUGUCGUCCUUAGUAGCACGGGAAUCGGGACGGCGUGGAUAGAUUCCUUAGGCGGGCUUUGCAUUUCCAUUCUUCUUUCUCAGGGGGCGCUUCGAAAUCUCAUCACUGUCUGUACUCCCUUUGAUCAUUCCAUGUACUGCAAUCGUGACUUGACGUGA